CGCCGCAGCCGCUGCGCCGCCGCCGCCGCCGCCCGUGCCGGCAGUAUCCCGACGGAGCGCGUGCGGGCGGCUGGUGACGCCGGAAGCAGCCAUGCCUCGGCCCACGCGAGACACAUACGGCGACCAGAAGCCGCCCUACUCGUAUAUUUCGCUGACAGCCAUGGCUAUCUGGUCGAGUCCGGAGAAGAUGCUGCCUCUGUCCGACAUCUAUCGCUUCAUCAUGGACCGAUUCCCCUACUACCGCAACAACUGCCAGAAGUGGCAGAACUCGCUGCGCCACAACCUUAGCUUCAACGAUUGCUUCAUCAAGAUCCCGCGCCGGCCCGACCGGCCCGGGAAGGGCGCCUACUGGACCAUGCACCCCAAGGCGCUCAACAUGUUCGAGAACGGCUCGUUCCUGCGCCGGCGGAAGCGGUUCCGACUGGACGGCGAAGAGAAGGACACCCUGGCCACCGAGCUGCAGAACCUGGCCAACACGCUGAAGCGGAUCGAGCCCAGCUUCGAGCCCGGCUACGGGGCGCCGUACGCGCCGUACCCGGCGGCGCCACUGCUGCCGCCGCCGCUGCCGUCGGCGCCCGUCAGCUUCAGUCCGCCGGCGGCGGCGCCGCGCGCCGAGCGACCCAAGUCUUUCACUAUCGACAGCAUCAUGUCCUCGGACCGCGACCGGCCCGAGAAGGCGGCGGCGGCGGCGCCCGUGUCGUCAUCGUCGUCAUCCUCGGCGUCAGCGGCGGCGGCGACGGGCGUGAUGGCAGCACCGGCGGUGUCGGCGGCUUCAGCAGCUCGGCUGCAGUUCCUGCCCUACCCGCACCCGCUGCUCGGCUACCCGCUCGGCGGUGAGUUCGCCGGCCAGCCCAUCAAACCUCUGGCCACGCACCCCGCGCUGCUGCAGCCGCGGCUGCCGCUGCUGCCGCCAUGGGCUCUGCUGGCCGGCCCGCCGCCCGGACCAGCUGCCCUGGACCUCGGCGCCGCGCUGCGCCACUCUCUGGCCGCCCGCAGCCUGCUGUACUCGGCGGCGGCCGGCGUGGCGCCGCCCCCGCCGCCGCCGCCCCCGCCCAUGGCGGCCGCUGAGCUGACCCGACCUCAGGUCAGCCCGGCACUGAGACCGGCCGAUCCGCGACUGGGCGCCGCCGGAGAACAAGACACGGAGGUGGAUAUCGUCAGGUAAACGGGUCGGAGCGCAUCCUGCACCCCUUUGAGGUGCGCCAGUCCUCGCGAGAGCACCUCUGUCACGCGCCGGGUCCUUUUGUUGCAGUUGCACGGAGCUUUCUGUUACCAGUUGAAGCGUUAUUUAAAAGGAUAAUUUAUAAAUGUGCUAGUGAUGUUCCUGGGUUGACAGAAUGGCUCCAGCGGCCGGGUCGAAGCCUGGACAAUGUCCAGUGAGUGUGGUGUUUAUUGAUGGUGUCAAAAUCUAUGGUACAAUGUACAAUAUAAGUGGUA